CCACCCUCUGGACCUGAACAAGUGCUGUGUCAGGGUGGUGGAAGGUCAGGGCAGAAAUUCCUUGCAUUGCCUGAUGUCUCAACUCUGAUGAUACACUCAUGACUCCUUGUUGCAUCUGGUUCAACAAUUAAUGUAACAGCUGACAUAAGAACCUCAGUUUGAAUUUGUAAUUUAUGAGACUGUGGUCAGAAUACUUCCCUGUUUAUUUGUGUGGCAGCUUUAUGCCAGCCUGGGACUGAAAAAGAAAAUGGUGCUGCCUUCAAUUGUCCUUCCUUUAAGUGCCAUGUAAAUGCUUGCUAGCUAGGUUGUAGGGAAUAAAGCUCAGCAGGGAGGCUAGAUAGGAGCUGUAUUCUUAGAGGUAAUUUCUGGGCCAGUGAAGCAACAGCCUUUCUCUUUGUUGCCACAAACUACUUGUUGCUUGUGGAUCAGGCUUCUACUGUUGCUUCUAGAAACCUUCCCCCGCAGUCUGUGGCAGUGAGGCUUAAGUGGAAUAGUAAGGUCUUGGUUGGACUUCUCAGUUCAGAGUGGGAUCUUGGGGUGGGUUGCCUGUGGUUGAGCUGAGUGUGGAGAGGGGAAGGGCUAUUGUGUUAUAAAUGGGAAAUGUUAUUGUUGUCAUUAUCAUGUUGGUUCCAGGCAACCCUGAAAGUAGUGGGUGAAAAGAACUGCACUUUAGUAGGGAAGUUGGGAGGCCAUUUUCAGUUUCCUUUCUCUGCCCUCAAAUCAUCCCUGCUAGAGGCCAAGAAAUCCUUAAAUCUUUGCCUCAGGUCAUAGUUAUCACAGGAAAGAGUUAAGACUAGGCCCUCUAAAAGUAAUGUGCUUCUGCACAGUACUGUGCUAGAAAUUGGAUGAGAUACAAAGAUUAUUCAAUAUAGUCCUUGCCCUAAUGGAGGGUAGAAAGUAUGUUGAUAUAGGUAACACAGAUUAGAACAUAGUCAUUCAUAAAAGCAGUGCACCUUGAAGUUGUGUAUCAUUCAUUUCAGCCUCAUAACCACCCUCUAAGGUAGAGAGUGAAGGUUCUCCCAUUUUACAAAUGAGGAAACAGACUUGGAGAAGUUGGUGACUUGCCCAUAAUCACAUGGCUAUUAAGUUUUGAUUGUGAGGUUCAAACCCAAGUCUUUGGGCAGUCAAAUCCAUUCAGCUUCCUCCAUAUGUAACAAAUGUGAAUUCCCUACAUCUUUGAACUGUGUACUAUAGGAAUUGUUAUCCCCAUUUUACAGAUGGGUAAACUGGAGUACCUAGAGGUUUUGGCAGGGUUGGAAGCCAGAUUUCUCUUGAUUCCAAGACUAGCUCCAGUUCUUAGCUGGCAGUUACUGAGGUGGUGGGAAAUAGAUGGUCAGUAUUCAGGUUAGAGCAUUUUGGCUACAUUAGCUGACUAUAUGCUUGAGUACAACUGAAGGUGGCCACCAAGGUUUCAAGGGCCCAGGAACUACCUAUGAUCAGAAUCAUAAAGAUAAGAUAAGUUUUAGUAGAAGGGACAUUCAAAAUCAUCUAUGAGGACACUGAGGCUAAGAGAAAGGAAAUGACUUGAGUUUCUGUCACUCAGGUAGUGACAGAGGCCAGGAUUUAAACCUAGUUCUUCUGAAUCCUAAUUCAAUGGUUUUUAAUUACAUUCUUAAUGAUGCAUGAGGUGGAGAAUUACAGUGUUGGGAAGUACGGUGUCUGAUGAGCUCAUUGGGUAGGACUGGGAGUGGGAAAAUCCCUAGUGAUCCUAUGGCUGAAAGCAUGCCUAAGGGUGUGGUGCUUAUGCUAAAUAGGAAGAGUCUAGCUGCCUACUGAAUUGGUCCCUAGAAUGAGUGAGUACUGGAGAAGGCAGGGAGAAGGGGUGUUGGCUUUGGUUGUGACCCUUGGUAGUUUCUGGAUGAUGGUAGAGUAGUUAGAUGUCAAAGAAGAUAGCUCUGUGCUUCUGGUAACCUGUUGCCUAGCCCCAAGAACUACAUGGUUUUAUUGAUACCACACUUUUAGGUUGCUUUGGCCAUUGGGUAGUCUGGCUAUGAACUACUGUCCUUGUUGAGAGGAACUCAUGGGACAAACAUAGGGAAGUUUUAACUGCUGGAGAUUGAGUUCUGAGGGAGCUUCCCACAUCACAGGCUUCAUCUUACCCUUUGCUUGUUUAUCUCUUUUAUUGCAGAUCUUCUCCGCCAUGGCCCGACGCACCCGCAGCAGCCGGGCCUGGCAUUUUGUUCUGAGUGGGGCCCGCCGGGAGGCAGAUGCCCGAGCUAUGGCUUUGGCCUCUGGCACCACCAACUGGGGCUAUGAUUCCGAUGGACAGCACAGUGACUCAGACUCAGAAGCAGAAUUCCCCUCCCUGCCACCAUCCAUCCCGAGUGCUGUGCCUGUAACUGGGGAAUCCUACUGCGACUGUGAGAGCCAAAGCGAAACUCCGUACUGUGCCAGCCUCCACACCAGCCAUCGAAGCAGGGACUGCCAGUGUGGCGAGGAAGAUGACUAUUUUGACUGGGUAUGGGAUGAUCUGAACAAAUCGACAGCCACUCUGCUAAGCUGUGACAACCGCAAAGUCAAUUUUCACAUGGAGUAUAGCUGUGGCACAGCAGCCAUACGAGGGAACAAGGAGCUAUGUGAAGGCCAGCAUUUUUGGGAGAUUAAGAUGACUUCUCCAGUCUAUGGCACUGAUAUGAUGGUUGGCAUUGGGACAUCAGAUGUAAAUCUGGACAAGUACCGCCAUACAUUCUGCAGCUUGCUGGGCAAGGAUGAAGACAGUUGGGGCCUCUCCUACACAGGAGUUGCUGCCACCAAACUGCAGAACAAGAAAUUCUACCCCAUGGUUUGCUCCACUGCCGCUAAGAGCAGCAUGAAGGUGAUCCGAUCUUGUGCCAGCCUCACUUCCCUGCAGUAUCUGUGUUGCUACCGCCUGCGCCAACUGCUGCCUGACUCUGGGGACACACUGGAAGGAUUGCCUCUGCCCCCUGGCCUCAAGCAGGUGCUGCACAACAAACUGGGCUGGGUCCUGAGCAUGAACUGUAACCCCCUGCCGUCACCAUCACCCAAGGUGGCAGCGUGCUCGGGGAGCCCAGAGGCCAAGCCGUGUCAAAGGAAGAGGUGUCGACGGACUUAACUUAUUUUCCAAUGAAAACUGCCUUGUUGGGCUUGGGGUGGCUUCUCUUUCUUUUCCCUUUCCUCCACACACUUUUGGGACAAGAGGGAAGGUUGGGAGGGGAGGUUGCCCAUCCCCGUCUUCGGGGCCAGCUCUGCUGGUUGGAAUCUGCCAAGAUACUCCCCUCAUUCAGGAACUAGUUUAGUUCACGGCACCUGCUCCUCACCUGGACUGGAAGACUGUGCCAUGAACCUGUCAGCUCAGAAAGGGAUGAUCACAGCAAGGCUCCCUGAGCCCUUAUUCUGGACUUAGCCCAGGGGUCAUUCCGGGUCCUCUUUAGAGUGGUGGUGAUUGCAGUGCUACUGCCUCCCUCUGGGGGCAGUGUGUGAUCACUCCUGCCUCAGGGAGGGGAGGGUAAUGCUGCAGCCUAGCCUCAGCCUUUCUCAAAUGUGCCGCUAAAAGGGGUGAGGAGAAAAGCCUGGCUAUUAUUAAGAUGUGUGUCUGUGUUCCCCCUCCACCCCUUGGGGCUUCAAAUCUAGGAUCUAGAAUUUUUUUUUAAAAAACCUGCUUUGCAUGUUGUGUCAGCUUCUGCUCCUGUAUCAGAGACUGUAUCAAAUCACUGUAAUAAAGUUAAAAUAGUUUAUAUUGAA